AUGACCAUUUUUAAUUUACCCCAAUUUAGUCAAAAGUUUGGACUCAAAAUGUGUUUUGUAAAGUAAUUGUAAUUUUCAACCAACAUUUGAGCCUCUUUGUUUCCGCCAAUAAUCCCAACGUCGUGUUUCGUGUUCAUGUGAAAUAGGUGUUUUUCGCAAUGGCGUCCGAAGGCGUUUUUUCCUGUGAAUUCGAGGUAUUUGGAAAGGUGCAGGGCGUCAAUUUCCGGCGGCACGCCUUGCGAAAGGCCAAGACGCUGGGACUCCGGGGAUGGUGCAUGAACUCUGGCAGAGGAACCGUGAAGGGCUACAUCGAAGGUCGGCCCGCCGAGAUGGACGUGAUGAAGGAGUGGCUCCGGAACACGGGCAGCCCAUUGUCCAGUGUCGAAAGGGUCGAAUUCAGUUCUCUGAGGGAGCGCGAUCGAUAUGGCUAUACCAACUUUCACAUCAAACCCGAUCCGAUCGAGGAGGCUCCCGAAAAAGGAAGACUAGGCAGUAGUUCAAGCAAUACCGACUAUUAGUGGAUUUUGGCGGAACAAUAAAAUUUAAGGUCAU